AUGGAUGAAUCUCUGGGCUCAAACCAAAUGGCAUAUUUGGAGAAAAUAAGAGGAAAAGAAAUAGGUGGUGGACCCGCCACCAUACUAGCCAUUGCCACUGCAAAUCCACCCAACUGCUUUCAACAAGACGACUUCCCCGAUACUUACUUCCGAAUCACCAACAGUGAUCACAUGACUCAACUCAAGGCCAAGUUCAAGCGCAUAUGUGAAAAAUCGACGGUGAAGAGACGAUACAUACACCUGACUGAAGAAAUGUUGACAGAGAACCCCAACUUAGGAAGUAGAAAAGCAUCCUUGGAUGCACGACAAGACGUAUUAGUAAAGGAGAUUCCGAAGCUUGGUGCAAAGGCGGCGUCAAAAGCCAUCGAGGAAUGGGGAAGAAGCAAGUCAGAUAUCAGUCAUCUGGUGUUCUGCAGCUACGCAGGUAUGGACAUGCCCGGUGCUGACUACCAACUUGUCAAGCUCUUGGGCCUUAAACCAUCCACCAAAAGGUUCAUGCUGUACCACCAGGGUUGCUUUGCCGGUGCCACCGCACUUCGUCUCGCCAAAGACCUUGCAGAGAACAACCGUGGAGCACGUGUUCUAGUUGUCUGUGCUGAGAUCACUGUUGUCGCAUUUCGUGGACCCUCCGAAACCCACGUGGACUCCUUGGUCGGACUAGCACUCUUUGGUGACGGUGCUUCAUCCGCCAUCGUUGGAUCCAACCCCGAAACCUCCGUCGAACGACCCUUGUUUCACAUUGUGUCGGCAUCUCAGACAAUUGUACCCAACUCCGAGGGUGCAAUGGAGGGACACUUGCGCGAGAUAGGACUCACUUUCCAUCUGAAGGACAAUGUUCCAAUGUUGAUCGGAAACAACAUAGAGAAAAUGUUGGAAGAAAGCUUCCAGCCACUCGGGAUUAGUGACUGGAACUCGUUGUUUUGGGUGGUGCACCCUGGUGGCCCUGCAAUCUUGAACCAGAUAGAGGCGAAAGUUAGGUUGAACCCUCAAAAGCUGCAAGCGUCUAGAGAGGUUCUAACCGCUGGCACCAAGUGCGUCUCCGAAGAAAUCCACAGCAACGUCGUCGUUUUGGGCCAUUACGCUGUUGUCGCCACCGCUGAAGCCCCCAACGCCACCAUUUCCGCCAAGGUGUCAUCACCAUACGGAAACGAGCUUCAUCAUAUGGAUAGCAUAGCGACGGGUGAUUUCGCUUUUACAUCUCGAGAGAGUGGACUGUACCUUGCAUGCUUCUGGGUGGGUCGUAAUGAACGAGGUGGAGAAGUUACUGUGGAGCUUGAUUGGAAAACAGGAAUUGCAGCCAAGGAUUGGAAUUCGGUUGCUAAAAAAGAGAAGAUUCAGCUAGAAGGAUCAGUGGAGUCUAUCCAUGAGAAUCUGAUGUAUCUGAGGGGGAGAGAAGCAGAGAUGAGGAACGUGAGUGAAUCAACAAAUGCAAGAGUGGUGUGGUUUAGCUUUUUGUCCUUAGGUGUCUGCAUUGGAGUUUCAGUUUUGCAGUUGUUGCAUUUGAAGCGAUACUUCCACAAGAAAAAGCUUAUUUAG